AUGACUAGUAGUCAAAGAGCCGAAAUUACUCAUUUAUUCUUCAAGAGGUGUGUGUCUCAAAAUAAUUCUUUGUUGGACUUUGUGACUCGGUUUGACUCGUUUGAGAGGGCACUUUCACGUAUACGGCAUAAUGAGUUGGAUAUGGAUCAUAAAGACGUCAAUGAGAGGCCACACUUGAAAACUAUGUACCCCAUGGAGUCGACAAUGAGUGAAUUGUAUACAUUUGAGAUAUUUUACAUAUUUCAAGAGGAGCUCUUUCAAAAUGCGGCUUAUAAGGCGACAGUAACAAAUGAGGACGAAUAUCAUUGUGUGUACACCAUUCAUAGGGUAAAGGAGAAUGGUUCGAGAGUUCGUGAGGUUGUGAUAGAUAAGUCAUCAAACCAUGUCUCUUGUAGUUCUAAGAUGUUUGAGUGUGACGGAAUUCGUUGUCGGCACAUGUUUGUGUACUUUUCUAGAAUGCAAAUGGAAGAUUUGCCUAAUGAGUACAUAUUGCGGAGGUGGACAAAAUCAGUAAAGGCUAUGUGA